AUGGGGGCGUGUUGCUGUAGCGAGGAGGUCCCGGAAGAGGCGGCCUACGUUCCUGAUCUGCAAGUGAGGAAUGGGUCCAUUACCGAGACGCAGACUCGACUGUCAAAACUCGUAGAUCCCAGGAUUGUGGAUCAACUCGUCCUUGAGAUGCUUACAGUGGCAGCGUCGAGAGUGGAUACUGACGAGGAGUCUCCGGUAUCUCUCGUCAAGUUGCACGUCAUAGCUGACAAGGAAGAGGGUUGGAUCCAAAUGGUCACUUCUAUGGUGAACGUUAUACCGCUCGAAGACCCAUUCGGCCCCACGGCCAUAUCCAUACUGCUAGAUGACUGCCCACUUCCAUCGAAGGAAUCCGUCAUCAAGGUGACUCAUCUAUUCGAGUUGUCAAGCGAACGCGCUACCUCCGAGGAUCUUAACGUCCGAACGGAGCGUAAUAUUUGCGUUAUAUUGGGCUGCAUCGCUGAGAAGCUGGUUGGACCCAACAGUGUGGCGAUACUUACUGAGGACACACUCCAAUAUCUACUGGCUUUCCUGACAAACGAACAAGAACCGUGCAUUGUUCUGUUCGCUUUGAUAGCGCUCGAGAAAUUCGCUCACACGACAGAAAACAAAUUGACGAUAAAGAAUCGUCUGGAGCGAAACGAAGAACAUCCUUUACUGAAGUUGGAAAAACACAAUCACAGCGAAAACUUCGUGUGGAGGCAAGUUGGCUUCUGUGCCAACUGGGCUUUGGAUAACCUUUUUACCAUCGAGGGUCGCACGUUGUCUUACAUGUUGGAAGACAUGUCCCAGAUCAAUGCUCUGUUGAAUUGUCACGACGUGAGCGAGUACCUUCAGAUGUCGGCCAACGGGCUUGAGGCGAGGUGUGACUCGUACUCCUUCGAGAGUGUUAGAUGCACCUUCCAAGUAGACAACGGCUGCUGGUACUACGAGGCGACGAUCGUUACCUCCGGAGUCAUGCAGAUCGGAUGGGCUACCAAGAACAGCCACUUCUUGAAUGAUGAGGGCUACGGUAUCGGUGACGAUCUAUACUCGUUGUCCUACGACGGCUGUCGUAGGUUAGUGUGGUACAACGCCAAGCCCGUGCCAAUAUCACAGUUACCAGCUUGGAAGCCUGGCGACAUACUCGGCUGUUUGAUCGAUCUCAACCGCAAAGAGGUCGUGUUCUCCCUCAACGGCCUAAAACUAUACCCCUGCAAGGAGAUAUUUGAAACUACACGAUAUGGCUUUUUCGCUGCCGCAAGUUUCAUGGCAUACCAGCAGUGUAUCUUCAAUUUUGGAUUAGAGAAAUUCAAGUAUCCACCAACUGAUAGGAAAUUCUCCUCUUUCAAUGAUCACGGACAACUUACUGAAGAUCAAAAGAAGGUAAUACCGAGACGCAUAUACCUCGAACAGCUGAGAUGUUCGAGCGUUCGAGAGGAUUCGUGCCAGCUCUGCUACGACGAGAUAGCAUCUUGCGUCUUGGAGCCAUGUGGACAUCGCGGCUUCUGCUCGGUGUGCACGUCCCAGCUGAAGGACUGUCCCCUUUGCCGCGCCGACAUCAUCAGCAUCAAGAGGCAAGACACAUGA